CGUCAAAGGUUGUUCUUCCGGUUGGCGAAGCGGCAGCAAACAAAGAGCGAGAGGAGAGAAAACCCGGGAAAACACCGCCGCGAGCCACCUGUCAGGUGACUUUACAGACGGUGAGAGGAUGUUGCGGAGGAAGCCGACGCGUCUGGAGCUGAAGAUCGACGACACCGAAGAGUUCGAGAGCGUCAAGAAGGAACUCGAGGCCAGGAAGCGGCAGCGAGAGGAGGCGGAGUCUGGAGGCGGAGUGGGCGGGGCUUCUGUCAUCAGCGCUGACGUCAUCGGGGGCGGGGCCUCAGCGUCGUCCUCCACGGCGGCGUCGAGGGCGGAGCUUAUCAACGAGCGAAUCGGCUACAAGCCCCACCCCAAACCGGCCACGCUGCCCACGCUGUUCGGCAGCCUCCAGUUCUAAAACUUUAUUAAACUGAUGUUGAAACACGA